UGUUCAAAACAAAAAUUAUCGAAAAAAAGGGUUGAAAAUGGUGUGCUAGAAAUUUCAUACGAUACGAUGUCGUUUCAAGGAGAAACAGUCGAAUAGCUAGCAGCUCAUCGCCGAUCUCUGGUUUUGUUUAGGAUCGAAUCGGUGGUAAUCAUGGUGGAAAGCGAGCCUCUUAAGCCGAAGCCUCGACCAAUCGUCCGUAUUGGGAUCUUCCUCAUUUCUCACAGCCUCCUUGUUAGUGUUGUUUGCUGUACUGCUGGGGUUUUGGCUCUCUUGCUGUUGCCUGUUCUCGCCAAAAACACCUACAUCUCCGAAAAUGCCUUGGUGCCUGGUUCUGCCCACCCCAUGCUUACCUCUCAGGAUGUUUCAGAGGCAAAUAAAUUUGUAAGGGAGAUAAACAAUUUGAAACCUACGGGCACCAGCAUAGGAAUCUCAGGCCUGAUAGCACAGCAUAUGGUGGACUUAGGUGCUGAAGUUUGUUAUCAUAAGUUUCACCCUCAAUUAAAUAAGUUUCAUCCUCUGCACUUCUUUUCUGGUCCUGACUCUGGAAUAAUCCAAGAGAACUGCAGUUGUUCGUCAUAUGGCAUCAACACCGUUGGAAUUAUAAGAGCUCCACGUGGUGAUGGGAAGGAAGCUAUUGUCUUGGUGACACCUUACAAUUCAGUGAAUGUCUCACUGGGUGAGGCCUUAUCAUUAGGCAUUGCAUCCUCGGUAUUUUCUUUACUUACCCGAGUUACUUGGCUAGCCAAGGAUAUUAUAUGGCUUGCUGCGGAUUCACAGCAUGGAGAAUAUGCUUCAGUUGCUGCUUGGCUAAGAGAUUAUCACACACCUUUAUUUGGUGGUUUGGAAAAACUAAAUGCUGAAACGUGUCAUGAAAGCAUUAUGUUAUAUGAGUUGAAAAAGAGUCUGGUUACAGGAGCAGAAGUAUCUGAUGUGUUUAGACGUGCUGGGACCAUGGCUGCUGCCCUUGUCAUCAAGGUUGCCAAUGGAAACGAAGAAGUUGAGAAGGACACCCUCAGCAUUUAUGCUGAGGCGUCCAACGGGCAGAUGCCAAACCUUGACCUCAUCAAUGUUGUGAACUAUUUGGCAGUACAUGGGCAGGGAUUACGUGUAAAGGUGGAGAAAUUCUUGUCUUUGCUUGAUUCUAAGUGGCUCAGGGUUCUGGGUGAAACAUUUGAGUCUCUAGGAAAAGUUGCUAGAAGCUUAAAUCCUCAAUGGAAAUUUGGUAUGCCUGUUGCAGAUUAUAUUGAAGGCACUGCUACACUUGCCAGUUCAUUAUAUCACCAGGCAUUAGGUGUUCCGACUGGUCCACAUGGUGCUUUCCGUGAUUAUCAAGUUGAUGCAAUUACUUUGGAGAUUGCACCCAUAGUUUCUUCAAACAAGGGCAGGCAAAAUGAGUUUCUUCUGCGGGGUGGCAGGUUAGUUGAAGGAGUGUUACGGUCAGUAAAUAACCUCCUUGAGAAGUUUCACCAGUCAUUUUUCUUAUACCUUUUAACAUCUCCGAGUAAGUUCGUGUCAGUUGGAGUGUACAUGAUUGCUUUUGCACUGCUUGUUGCCCCCCUUCCAUUGGCUGCAGCUUCUCUUUAUACUGAUGCCAAUAAGGUUGAUUCCAGUUCAGAAAAAGACACACUCACUUCUUCUUCAGCCUCUGUUAACGUUCCUGCCAUCACUUUUAAAUCGUGGAAUUGGCUUCACGCAGCAAAAACAGUGUUUAUUGUUCACAUAUGGAGUGUCAUCAUUACAUUGCUUCCUUAUUUCAUUGGUCAAAUACCCAAUUGCACACCAACAAACAGUCUUUUAAUCUGGGUUCUGCUUUCAGUGUUCUGCUUGCUUGCCUUGCGCAUGACCUUGGGCUCUUCCUUUUCAAUUAUCAGUGUAUCUCAACUUCAAAAAAAGGAAUGGGCUCUAUUGAAAUCGGUGACAAUUUCAGCUACCUUUGUGAGUCUUUGUCUAAUGUCAGUCAUUAAUUUUGCCACAGCAGAAAUUGGAGCUCUGUUGAUUGUGCCAAUGUGUUUGAUGGCCACACCACUGAGGUUUGAACUCAAAGCUCGGUCUCUGAGGUCUAUCACCAGGGCAGCUUGUAAUCUGGUGUUGGCAUUCAUUGGGUUUCCUCCCAAUGCAUAUGUCAUAUCAAAGGGACUGUUUGAGGGUUUUGGCAGCGUGAAUGUUGGUGACUUCUGGAACUGGUUGGAUUCCCUUAGGGCAUGGAACAGUGCCACGUACCUUUAUGUAUGCAUGGUUCACAUUCCUUGCUGGGUAUUGUGUGUUUACAUCUUACUACAUCAUUGCUGACUGUCAUCGCACAUACGCAUUGCUGCAUCAGUGAAACUGAAGGUUAGAGGUAUUCUUCUUUCUCUUUAUUUCAUCUCAAUUCGAGUGGUCCUUUCAGUUAUGUAACGUUUCACCUCAGAAAUUUGUCAAAAAACAUAGAUUGAGGUUAUAGUGAUAUGAAAUUGCAAAUUAGGUCAUAGAGGCACAUCAAUCUGAAUUGAUUUUCCAUCAUUAGUAAUGGUUGUAGAGAGUGGGCAACGAUUGAUAUGUAUAUUAUGAGAAUUGUAGGAGGCAUGUCAGUCAGUGAGCUGGAUUGGCAUAUUUCAAGAGUAUUAUUAUCUUUCGUGGUUCAAUUACUAGACUUGUUAGCUGA